CAGUUGGACAACAAUGAAAGGGUUGGAGAGCUAAGGUGGGUGGGAGACUCCGGGACUCACCUCCGUGCCCAUCCUGUGCGCCCUGGGAAGGAGACAGCUGGCGGGGAAAAUGGAGUCUGGGAUAAGCCCCCAACUCCAUUUGUGUGCCUCGACUCUUCAGCUUCAAAACAUGCCAGUGAUAGUUGGAAUAAUUAAUACCAAGGGUCAUUUGCCCUUUUAUCCUUCCCAGAUCCAGAUAAAGAAGAAACAGCAGGAUGUGGUUAGAUUUCUAGAAGCCAACAAGAUAGAAUUUGAGGAGGUGGAUAUUACCAUGUCCGAAGAACAAAGGCAAUGGAUGUACAAAAAUGUGCCUCCGGAAAAGAAACCCACUCAGGGCAACCCUCUGCCACCUCAGAUAUUCAAUGAUGAUCGAUACUGUGGAGAUUAUGACAGUUUUUUUGAAUCAAAAGAAAGCAAUACAGUCUUUUCAUUCUUAGGCCUGAAAUCACGGUUGGCAUCAAAGGCAGAACCUUAAAGACGAAAAGCAGAAGAUGAUGGAGAUUGACUUUGGAGCGCCCCUUGGUACUCAGCACACACCUGCUUACCUAAUGCAUCACUGUGACAAAAGCCACAUGCAUCAUCAGUAACUUUGCUUGCCAUGAAAAAAGUGUUUUUGGAAGGUGUGGGUAUAACGGAAUUGCAUGAUUGCUUUAAAUCAAAUCAGGACUGUGGUGGGUCUUUUCUUUUUUUCAGAUUUGCUUGUCAUUGCCUCACUCACCUGGAGGCACUAUAAUCUAUUAUGGGUUUUCUUCCUUAAUUACUAAAACAAGUGGGUGGCACCAUCAGAGCGAAAAUGUUGUAUCUGCCCGUGGUUGUAGUUGAUGCCAGUUUUUUUCGUACCUGUUUCUCUAUAAGCUGCCUGGGUUGCAACCUUGAAAUUAGUCUGUUAAGCUAUUAGAAUCUUGUGAUCAGAAAAGGUAAAAAGUAAUGCUGAUUGACAAAGGGCUGAAAAUUUUUGCUGCAGAAUCACAAGCAUCACUGUUCCAGUGCUUUGCAAUAAUACCUGCAGAAACAAUUAGAUGUUCUAAUCUUCUUUUGAUAAUAGAAAUUUUUACCCCCAUAAAUCUUCCAAGCGCCUACAAAUGUAUCGAAGAUCACUUGUAAUAUUGUAUGAUCGGACCAAGUUACAAGGAUGAAAGUAAUUGCUAUUUUGGAAAAUAUAUGCUUCUUUAUCUUUUGCGAGGGAAAGGUUUCACCUAAAUACAUGAGAUUGCUUAAAAGAUAUAUUUUAAGAGGUGCACUAAAUCAGAUAGUAACUUUAUAGGAAAAUUGUCUGACUCAUAUCUGAAGGCAUUUUCAACUCUAAGCAAUUUAUUUAUAUUUAAGUGCACAUAUAUUUUUAAAUGCAGCUCCCCUAACAGCUGCUUAUUCUAUUUUGUGAAGGGAUUAUAUUUUUUGAGAAGGGAAGAUCUUAUUCAGAUAUAUUGAUAUUUUGUGAACCCUUGAUGAGGCAUGCUAAAAGACAUUAAUAUUGUUGCACAAUUUUAAUUUUUUUCCUGUGUUACUUUUCAUUGGUCCUCUGACUUUACUAGCAUGUGUUUCUGGCCAAUGCACAGUCUCAGAGUUCUCAGAAUAAUGUAGAUACAUGUUCUCAUUCCAUAUAUAAGCACCAAUAAAUUUUCAGAUCAGCAUAUAUAAGAAAAGGGCUGUCGGAAUAACUCCAAAUUGUACUUGCCAUGUAAAAUCUCUGUCCCUUUUGGCAUGGAUGCUAAGAAACUCAGAACACAUCCACUUUAUUAGGAUGGGGGCACUUUUCUGCGUCCUUGACCUGCCUAUUUUAGUUGUCCAAUGUGGGAAUUUCUUGAAGAGGAUCAGUGCUCAGAGGGCUGCCUAAAAUUUUCUGCUAUUCUCAGCAUCAUGUUGCUGGAACACGUUUUGAGCAGGAAGUCUGGAAGAAGUUGAAAGAACAGAGGAAUUAAGGCCUGUCACAUGUGUCUCCCACCGCCUCUCUCUUCCCCACUCCCCUUCUCCUCUUCACCUCCUUUAGCCCCCAACUUGUUGAACAUGGGCUAUUCUAAAGAACUUGUUGAAUGCUAAAGUGAAAUCCCAGCCUGAGAUUUGCAGCCCAGGACUACAACCAGAAGAAAAGCAUGACACAGAUUUCUUGUUUCUUGGAACAGAUAACAUGAGCAACAGUUUCCUCUCCAAGGAAAGCUUUUUGUGAUAUCAUGGAUCUUACUGUUUACUUGAUAUUAAAAUAAGGUCCAUAUCAAAUUCCAUAUGAUAAAUCCCAGGGACUAUCCAGGAAAAAAUUUUUUUGAACUGGAUAUUUUGUUGAAGACUUUCAAUUAUUUUUUUUAAGAUACAGCAAUUUUAAACUUUUGUGUUACAAUUAUCUGAUUUACAUUUAGUCUAUUCUCGCCAGUGAGUACCAAGAACCAGCUUGGUCAUGUUGAGACUUUGUAAGUUUAAUUCUGGGUUUAUAGGAUAAACAUGAUUCUGGCUAGACAAUAAAAGUUACUCAGACUGGUUUGUCUUAAAACUUUUAAAUUAACCUUAGUAGACCCAGUAUGAUUCUCCUAAACAGAGUAGAUAGAUAAUAGUGUUGAAUUAGUGCAUGUCAUCUACCCCCACCCACCAGUUUUGUUUUUAAUUAGCAAAGAAAUGAGACCAGUCCCAGCUGCUACUGUACUUGUUAACAGUCAACUAGAAACAUGUCAUGUGGCACUGAUCACAGUGCCCAGGCUCUGUAGAGUACUGCGGUAUUAUCUCUUGAAACCACACAAUAUCCAGAAAAUAUUGUGUCUUUACUUGGACUGUUUUGCCAGCUGAAUUUCAAACAUAUAAUGAUUUUUCCUCUUCCCUUCCUUAACUAGCUGCCUUUAAAUUUUGAUAAUUGCUGUCUUUAAAACCUAGGAAAGAAAUGGAUGAGAAUUGCAGACAUAGAUGUGAUAUCAAGGGUAUCUGAAGGCAGAAUUUGCAUUUCCUGUAGUAGGCUUAUUGGGGCACAGAAAACAUGCUGCUGAAAGUCAAAUCAUGCCAUUUUAAAAUUAAGUAAAAUACAGAGGGCCAUCCUUGUAGGUAUAUGCAGACCAGAAGAAAAUGUAGUUGGGGAAAUACUUCUUUUCCCAAAUUGUAGUGUUCCUUUAAAAUCAGAGAAGAAAAAAGGAAGAUUUUUUUUCCCCCUCAUACUCUAAUAUAUUUUAGACUGGUUUCUGUUUUAUAGAUUUAAGUCAACACCCCCCCACAUAUGUUUUUGUAUUAUAUGAAUUUAUUCAUGAAUUAAACUUAUUUUUGUCUUCUGUUUUUCAAAGGUACCAAAGCCUCUUUCUAUUUGUUUAUUUUGUUUCCUUGUUUGUUUGAUUUUGCUAUGUAGGGUUUUGUUUUUUUCUGGAAAUUUAACAGCUCUUCUUAAGUGUCGGCGUCCACUUUAAUCCACACAAUUACUGUUUUUACAUUUCAGUGUGUAUGUAUUUGUCUCUAAAGGCAUUGGUGAAAUUUCAAAUUUUAUAUUCAGCAUUAAAGGGGAAUAAAUUCCAGAAAACAUAUUCUGAAAAUGGACUGUUCCCUGCCAUUUCUUAUAAUUUUUCUAAUUUUAGUUCUGUGUUUGGUUGAAACUUUCCUGAUGAAAUGCUGCAUUUCUGUUCCCACCUGUGAACUCCAUACAUGAAAGCUGCAAAUUAGUUGUAAAGAUACAGAAAGAUCAUUUGACCAUUGAAAUGCACAUGUGGAUCUAAGUUUGUGUGUUUUGGGAGGGGACCACAGAAUCAUCUCAGACAGUGACCAGGCCCUAGCCUGGCUUUAAAUCUCCCCUCCCAUGCUUGGUUCAGAUGGAUUACUGUGUGAUCCCAAAGUACACUGAAGCCACAAGGGGUGCACUUGUUCCUAUAAUUGGCUGCAGAAAACAAGAACACUGUAGCCCCAGAUCCUAUUAACACGCCCCCGUUGAUACAACUUCUCUGAAAGCAGAGGAAACCAUUUCUGAAGGCAGAGUUGGAGAUUGAUUUCAUCACAGAACUAUUUCAAAUCUUAAACACCAAGACAGAGGGCAUGUGAGGAGAUAAAAGAGAACAGGCUGUAAGUUUUCAGAAACAUGCUAAAUUGUGAAACCUAACCAAAAUUACCACCCACUUGUAACCCAGAUUUUUGGAAUUUUCUAGUUCUUCUAAAAAUGCAGGUCAGGUUAGUUUGGUCAUCCUUUCAGUCACUAAGUGUUGAGCCCCUAGAAUGUUACGAGUGCUGACUAAAUAGAGCAAGUCUUCUCCCUCAAGGAUGAGAGACACAGAGAAGCAAAGGCAGCACUCACUGCCGAGGGUGAAUGAGAGCAGAGGUAAGUUCAUAGCGCUCCAGGUGAUGUUCAUUGAAUUCUCAAACAUCGUGCACGAUCUUUUUCUUUGCUUCUUACAACGAUUCCAGUUUUGAAAUUAUUUUAUACAUGCAAUAGAAUAUAUAUGCAUACCAUGUAAUACACACACUCACACAUAUAAAAAUAGAAAGCGUAAUAAGCCCUUGCAUCCCUGCCACCAGCUUGUGGCCUCCCUCUAAGGCUUGGUGUGCUCCCCCCUGUUUGAUAAAGGGAGCCUGUCUCCUGAACUCUGUCCAUCAUAGCCUUUCUGUCCUUUAUCAUUUUAUCUGUAUGUAUGUAUCCUUAAAUAAUAAAUGGAAUUAAACUGUAUUCUUGUCACUUUGAUUUUAUGUUCAUUGCAAUUGAGUUACCAUUUUGAAACAAGUAUUCUAGUUUAUUUUCACUGCUAAGUAUUAUUUCAUUGUUUGAAUAUAUCACAAUUUUCCCCUAUUGCUGGAUAUUGAAACUACUUUCUUUGACAUAAAAAAGGAAAUGUCUCUAUGAACAUUAUUUUUUAAUGGCAUUUUCCUUUUCAUUUUAUGCAUUGAAUUUACGUAAGUUUUUAAUGUGAGGAAAAUACGAGAUUGGUAAUUGUAGUGAAAACAGCUUGAAAAAGUUGUAUUAGCCACAUGAUUAUUUUAGUGUUUCACCCUCCUUAUUCUGCUAGCAAGACUUAAUUUGAAUUGAAGACAAGGUGGUAGACUGGGCUCUAGCCAUCCUAGUCCAAUUGAUGAAUUUCUAGAAAACUAAGUCAUUACAUGUAGUACUAUGAGCAUUCAUUUAUGUGGCUUCUGGUGGACUUAAAUAGGAAUGGAUGUAUACCAGAUAUCAAAUUGCUAUGUCAUGUAAUGAAGCACAUUAACAACUUUAAUAGAUAAGGCCCGAUUUCUAAAAUAAUGAUGACAACUUACAUCGCCAUCAGUAUACUAAAAUUUCUAGUGUUCUAGAUCUUGCCAGCAUUUGGGAUCAUCAGACUCAAAUUUUUAACAAGCUAAUGAGUGUAAAAGGAUAUUUCAUUGUAAUUUUACUUUACAUGUAUUUGAUUGCUAAUAAGUUGAACAUGUUUUACCAUGGGAAUUCGUAUUUCUUCUUAGAAAUAAUUCAUGUUUUUUACUUUUGUAUUUUAAACUAAUUUUUAAAAGUUCUUUAUCCUUUCACCAGUUAAUGCUUAUUUAACUAUUAAGGUCAAAAGAAACCAUCUUUAGAGUAGAAAAAUCUGAAGUAUUUGUAGAAAUAUUAAAAGCUUGUGAAACUUUAUCCUAUUUGGAGAAAAUAAAGUUAAAUGCAUAUGUUUUAAUUGUGUCUAAUUUUUGCAACUUGUUAGCAUAUCAGUUAAGAUAAAAAGUACUGUCGAAAUCUCUUUAUGCUCUAGAAGCUUCCUUCUUUGAAGUUAUUUUAAAGCUCAUGAUUCCAGUUACAUGGUAGGAAAUUAAUGUCGAGAUUUGAUUUUCUGCUACUAAAUUUCACCAAUAGGAAAUCUCAACGUAGACUAUAUGUUUAUAUAUGCACAUUUCCCCAAUAUGCCAACAUAUAAAUAGACAUAACUAUAGGCUAAAAUGAUGUUAUACUUCAAAGAAUGUUUUAAAAAAUAUUUCUUUUAGUCAUAGGCACUAGUAUUAAAUUUAUACUCGAGAUUAAUCCUCUGACUGAAUGAACAUCAUGUGGGCAACACCCAGAGUGUGUAGUGGCAGCAGCACGUUUCACAUAGUUUUAAGUACAAGAAGAAUAUAGAAUACAGAUCUUCUGAGACUCCUGCUAACAGGCUAAGGACCCUGCACUCAUAUAUUAAGUGCAACAUUGGUAUAAUGAAUGGCAUAAAUGUUAGACCUUUUUAUAAAACAAUACUCCACGCUUACUAUAUGCAUCAUUUUUGGUUCUAAAGAAAAUUCACUAUAACCAAACUUUCCAUGGAAAAAGUUCUAAUAUAAAUAUCUUUCAUCAUUAAUGUUAGAGAAAUGAAAUCUCUCUGUACAGAACAGUACUGUCCAGUGUGGUACCCACAAGCCACAGAGAAAUUGAGCAUUUGAAAUGUGCCAUGUUGAAUUUGUGAUGUACUGUGAGUAUAAAAUAUAUUCCAGGUUUUGAAGAGCUGGUUAUAAAGAAAGAAUGUAAAUUAUUAAUAUUUUAUGUUGGUUGCAUUUUUAAAUU